GUCAUACAUUCACCUCCUCUUUUUCACCCUUUUUCCUUAAUAUGCCAAAAGUAGCUGCAAUAAAAUAAAAUUGGAAAUUUAUCGCAGCCUAAUAACGUAACGAUAUCAAAUGGGUGUAUGUACCUGUUUUUAUCAAUUAAAUUACAAUCAGAAAAAAUUCCAAAAACAAUCACAAAUGCUUAUAACUUUUGCCUCUGUUUUCUCCUCGUGAAGGAAAAAACUCUUUUAGCGUUUCUCGCUCCUCGAGAAUUACACAACACAAACAAAAACUCAGAAAAAGUGUGAAGUAAAUAAACAGAGAAUGACAGCAUCAGGAGGAGGAUCCACGGCGGCCGGAGGAGCAGGAGCUACGGGGAGGAUGCCAACGUGGAAGGAGAGGGAGAACAACAAGAAGAGAGAGAGAAGGAGAAGAGCCAUAGCAGCUAAAAUAUUCACCGGACUCAGAUCUCAGGGAAACUACAAGCUCCCUAAGCAUUGUGACAACAAUGAAGUACUCAAAGCUCUCUGCGUCGAAGCUGGUUGGAUCAUCCACGAAGACGGCACCACUUACCGAAAGGGUUCCCGACCAACAGAAACAACACCGCCGCGCGUGAGCGCGUGUUCGUCAAUCCAGCUCAGUCCUCAUUCAUCGGCUUUUCAAAGCCCAGUUCCGUCGUACCAAGCGAGCCCAGCCUCGUCAUCUUACCCAAGCCCGACCCGGUUUGACCCGAACCAUUCCUCAACAUAUCUCAUCCCUUAUCUCCAAACCCUAGCUUCAUCCGGAAACCUAGCUCCUCUCAGAAUUUCCAAUAGUGCCCCUGUCACACCUCCAGUUUCAUCUCCUAGAGGCUCACAUCCGAGACUACCCAAGCCACAGUUCAGCAACUUCCCAGUCUCAGCUCCUUCAAGCCCAACACGGCGUCUCCACCACCACUACACAUCGAUUCCUGAAUGCGACGAGUCGGAUGUCUCCACGGUCGAUUCUUGUCGAUGGACCCGUUUUCAACCGGUGACUGUUUCUCAGACAUGUCCGCCGUCGCCAACUUUUAACCUCGUCAAAAAUAGCGUUUGCGUUGGCGGCGGAGACGUUUCGGUGAAGCCGUGGGAAGGUGAGAAGAUUCACGAUGUUGGUGUCGAUGACUUGGAGCUGACGUUAGGUAACUCUAAAGGACGCGGCUAAGAGGAUAGUAUCGGAAUUAACGAUUAGAAGGGAGAACUGUUCGGUUACGUGUGUCCGGUUUAACCUUAACUAAUUUGGGAGGAUGACCUUCUUGGUCUGCUUCAUGCAUUCAUGGCCUAUGCACAGUCAUUUUCGUUAUCAAUGUUUCAUGUCACCAAAGUUAAUUUUCACGUAUAAUUCUCCCUAUAUUUAUUUAAAGAAAUGGUGAUGGUUGAAAGGAAAUAAGCAAGUGUGUGACUGAAAGUGAGAGGGACCAUUCCCCCAUGUGGUGUUGGGGGCAUGUGAAGUGAUUCUUUUCUAUUGCUCUCUCUCUCUAACCACGCGUGACUCUUCAAUGUGCCUAUCUAUCAUACACCGAUGUUUAGUGGACCUGUAAUUUUCAUUACUUUUAAGAAAUUCAGUGAGAAACAUUAUCCAUGAAUGAGAAUAUACGGGUGACUUUAUUUUGUGUGUUGAGAAUGUUGUUUUGCUAUAUAAACAUGAGAGGUUGGUUGGUUCAUGUGUUCUGAGAGUUCUGUCGGUAUAAACGUUUAAACGGAAAUUAUUAAAGGUUUUUAUUGAGACUGAUACUUCUUUUGGUAAAUUAUUAGUUUUUUCAGUUUUUAGGGAAAUAGAUUUUUUUUUUUGAAGGAUGAACUUACAUCUAAGUAGAAAUGUUCCAGUUUAGCUUUCCAUUCUGUUUUGAUUUUGAUUUUGAUUUUUUUUGUAAAUAGUUUAUAUAAUGUUUAAAGUUUAGAUAGAAUACCAGGGACAUUCAGAUACCCGUUCAGAUCUGGUUUAGGUAAUUCCAAUUUUGGAUAUUUCGGUUUUUUAUUGUUCAUGGCAGAUUUGGUUCGGCAAGACUCGAGUUUAGAUAUUUCAAAAUGUAACUGAAAUAUCCAAAUUUGUGUUAAAAUAUUUAAAUAUAUAAAUUGUCAUAUAUUCAGAUUUUUUCCAUAUGAAUCUAUAUUUAAACCAAAACUAACGUAAACAACCAAAAGAGUGGUGAUGGUCUGAUCAGCCAAGCCAACGGGACAACAUGUCCCUAAAUUUUUUCCUUCACUUCCUUGCGUGAAUCAUAUUGCGAAUGACCCUAUCAAUGCAUUUGAAUAAUGCCUCGGGAGGAAUGUGGAUGUUAUUGUGGAGUACAUUAUUUCUUUGCUUCCACAUAUGGAAAAGUGUGACUUGAGCCGUGAGACAGCGAAGAAGGCAUGAUCAAACAUGUCUUUAUGAUAAACAUGUUUGUUUUCAACAUGGAUGAAACACUGUCUCAAAUUCAAAAUAAGCUGUAGUCUUUGAACAGACAAAGGUUGUAGUUCUCUUUAUGCAGUUCUGUUUAAAAUUUUAAAUCUGCCUGUAGUCCACUAACCCAAAAAUUAUAUCCGGUUUGUACAUUAUGGUAGUCUGCGACGAGCCGAGAUAACAAGUGUGUAAGAAAUUGAAACCAUGAUAGGUUGGAUUGAAAUACUUAGAUAAAAUCUUAUCCUUUUGACUAAUUAAGAUAAUUAAUUUAUUAUAUUUAAAUAAUAUAUUUUUUUAUUAUAUUAGUAACAAAAUAUAUUUUAAACAGACACUUUUAAACUUAUUUGUUUUAUCAUUUUGAGUUCAUUACUAUUAAUGGCGGAAGCUCUAGCCGUCUUCUCGGCUCUCAAAUCAGCAGUUUUACUUGAUGUUUCAAGCAUCAAAAUUCACUUUGACAACCAAAAUCUGAUCAAAGUCAUCAACAACAAACUCUUCGACAAAGAGAUAUACGGGGUGGUUUGCGACAUCCAAAUUCUCUCUGCUCUGUUUGAUGAUUGUUCAUUUGCUUCUAUUCAUAGGGUUGAGAAUUGUAAAGCUGAUGCUAAUUGCUAAAGCCACACUCGGAACCCAUUUGGAUGUACAUGGUUUGUUGGUGGACUAAAACUCUUUUUUUUAAUUAAUGAAUAAGUUGUCCAAAUAAAAUAAUAAUUUAAUGAAAUACUUUGGUUGUCGUCAAAAUAAUAUAUCAAAAUUUUCAAAUAAUGAAGAUAGAAAAAUUAAAACGUUAUAAUAAUCUAUAUAUACUAUAUUAAAAGGGAUAUAUGAGGAGUAGAGAGCUGUCCACGUAGGACAUUAAAAUCGUCCAAUAAGAAGUUGUUUAUUUGACACGUCAGCUAAGCUGUUGAUUGUUAGGCUUCGAUUUUUUUUAAAAACAGAAAGAAUGUUAAGGUUGUUGGCCCAGUAAGCCCAACUCCGUUGCUUACGUUUCCCUUUCUUUUUUCUCCAGAUCCCGAUUUGCUAGAUCGAUUCGUGAGACCCUUGGCUGUUCCUCUUCUUCGAUUAUGUUUCCCUCAGUACUUUACAUAUAUAUUUUACUUUGAUAAUCGAUACUCUAUUGUUAACACCGACCACACAACAUAGAUCUUCAUGUCUUCUGUAGACUUCCGGAAAGACUCUAAGAAACCUAGCGUUGACAAUAAUUCAAUGAUCGCCGUAAACAUGGAUGUGGCUGCAAUGGAAACUGAUCGGUUGCGAUAACCUCCAUCGUUCUGAGGCAUUGCAGUUCUUUCGAAGAUGGAGAAGUGAAAGACGCGAAAAGGAUAUGGACAGUCAUGAGGAAGAGAGUUGGAUUAACGAUUUUCAGCUCCACUUCUCCGGAAAAUACGAGCACCGCAACACCGGCAAAAUCCCACAUCGUCUUGGAAAGCUUCGGGUUUUGGUUUCAGCCUGUAUCCUCUGUUUCUUAAUUAUAUAUUCCCUCUACAACCUUAUAUAUGUAUGUAAAUAUAUAUCAUCUGUUUUUAUUCCUUCUUUCAAACUCACACCUUCAUUUGGUCAAGCCACGUGUUGUUCGCAGGAAUCUAUGAUCGUGGCUCUAUCAAUUCACCGGAUCCAUCAAGAUCCAAAUUGUUCAUAUUCAUCGAUACAUCCUAUUGCUUCCCGUACAGGUAACCUCUAUCUAAACUCCAAAAACCAGUGAUCAAAUGUUAGUUUGACGCCAACAUUCAUGCCAUCAAAGAAUUCACAAGCAGCUUGAGAGGUGCAGCAGCAGAGGUUUCCCGUGUUGAUGCCAUGGAAGGGAUAAAAAAACAGAACUUGUGCCAAUUGGAGAUCUAAACACAUACAUCUCCAACUCUAACGAGCAGGCACAUGUAUUUGUAAAGCUCAGAUGUGUUUCUCCUGACAUUACCGGGUUUAUCAGGGUCCGUCCUGAACUAGCAGUUGAUGACCGCAAAGAUAGUGACACGUUUGUGGUCUUCAACAAGGAGUUGACUAAGCUCAUCAAGCAAGAUGCAACUACUCUGGCUCUUGAGGAGAUGAGUGGCGAUGGAGGGCAGGAUCUACCAAGAUGCCUUGAAGAUCUAGCUGGCAAGGAUUACGUUUUCCAGAUUCGUAUCACUCCGUGCAGGUUCAUCCCAAACCAGUGUACCUUCACAGUCUCUGCAAUCAGUGAUGACAUCUUCUUUGGUGGGCUAAUACAAGUUUUCCAAAACUUUUUCUCCUAACUAUUUUAACCAACACAUGUACAACUGUAUCUCAUAGUAGCAGCAGCAACCAAGCUUAAGUCGUUGACAGGGAAGGUGGACAAGCAACAACAGCAGCCAGCUACACGGUUGAUGCGGAGAAGAGAGCUAUGGGAGUUGACGAAGCACAUCCUCCCGACUUUGAAGACAAAGAAAAAGCUGCAAACGCUCAUAUGAGUGGCGAUGGAGGGCAGGAUCUACCAAGAUGCCUUGAAGAUCUAGCUGGCAAGGAUUACGUUUUCCAGAUUCGUAUCACUCCGUGCAGGUUCAUCCCAAACCAGUGUACCUUCACAGUCUCUGCAAUCAGUGAUGACAUCUUCUUUGGUGGGCUAAUACAAGUUUUCCAAAACUUUUUCUCCUAACUAUUUUAACCAACACAUGUACAACUGUAUCUCAUAGUAGCAGCAGCAACCAAGCUUAAGUCGUUGACAGGGAAGGUGGACAAGCAACAACAGCAGCCAGCUACACGGUUGAUGCGGAGAAGAGAGCUAUGGGAGUUGACGAAGCACAUCCUCCCGACUUUGAAGACAAAGAAAAAGCUGCAAACGCUCAUGUGAGUGAUAUUUUCAAGUUGAUCAAACUGUCAAUCCCACUUAGCUUUCAUCGCUUUUAAAUUGCUAUAUUCCUAUGUUUUCCUAUUUUAAUCUUUGCUUGUAUCUUGCAUUUUUGGAAGUUGACAGGUCUAUGCAUAUUGAGAAUGUUCUUACGUUA